AUGAACAGUCACACUCUAAGACACCCAUCCUUGAGCAACACACUGAGGUCUUCAGAGACCACGCAUAUCUCGAUUGGUGGGAUAGCUCUAGCUCUGGGUUCGAGUCACUUUUGUGAUGGUGAAUGUCACGGCUAUCUGGACUAUUGCGGUCUUCCCGGGUCCGUACCACCACGGCACCGAUCGGUUCACAAUACGGCAUGUGCCAAACGUCUUGUCUACGCGUUCUACAUUUGUGCCGCCCUGUUCCUUCUCACCAGUUUCCUAUUCAUGCCUCUCCGUUGGCUGGCACGUCGUGACCCCGUAUGUACUGGCACCGGACCGUGCUGUUCCCGUUUCAAACGUCAGAGAUCAGCUACGUCCGGUCCGGGGAACAGUCCGGAUCUGAAUCUCGUCUGUCCAGAUGUAUUCCCUAUGGGCUCAAUGUAUUCCAUACGGGGAGUGCAAUAUGAUCCACAACAAACACAAACCACCCAGAUCUUGGUGGAAAGCAUAGAGAAAAUCAAGCGUAAUGUUGUCGUACUGGUUACCCCCCCCCCUCUGGUCGCUGCUCCACCUGAAAGCACUGGAUAG